CUCACAUAUAAAAGUUAAAAACCUACCAUUCCUUCAUCACCACCCCAAUUCUUACAAAACAGUAAAAAAAUCAUCCACCAAUUACCAUGGGAGAGGUUGAUCCAGCUUUCAUCCAAGAACCUGAACACAGGCCAAAAAUCUCCUACAUCGAAGGCAAAGGUGUCCCACUAAUCGAUCUUUCUCCAAUACUCUCCUCCAACAAUGUUUCUGCCAUUGAAUUUCAAGGCCUUGUUAAAGAGGUAGGCGAUGCAUGCAAGGAGUGGGGGUUCUUCCAGGUGAUCAAUCAUGGGGUGCCUUUGGAUAAGCGAGAGAAGAUUGAUGGUGCCUCGAGGAAAUUCUUUGCUCAGAGUUUGGAGGAGAAGAGGAAGGUGAGGAGGAAUGAGAAGAAGGUGACUGGUUACUAUGACACGGAACAUACCAAGAAUGUUAGGGACUGGAAAGAAGUGUUUGAUUUUGCUGUAGAGGAACCCACUAUAGUCCCUGCCUCGCAUGAGCCUGAUGACAAGGAAGUCAUUGAAUGGAAAAAUCAGUGGCCUGAGUACCCUCCAGAAUUAAGGGAGACAUGCCAAGACUAUGGUCAAGAGAUGGUAAAACUAGCUUACAAGUUAUUGGAACUUAUUGCACUGUCCCUAGACUUGCCAGCAGAUAGGUUCCAUGGCUUCUUCAAAGAUCAGACCAGUUUCAUCCGUCUAAAUCACUAUCCACCUUGCCCAACCCCUGAGUUAGCGCUCGGUGUCGGUCGGCACAAGGAUGCUGGUGCCUUAACCAUCCUUGCUCAAGAUGAUGUUGGAGGAUUGGAAGUGAAGCAGAAAACAGAUGGAGAGUGGGUUCGGGUCAAGCCCACCCCAGACGCUUAUAUCAUCAAUGUUGGUGACAUUAUUCAGGUUUGGAGCAAUGACACAUAUGAGAGUGUGGAGCACAGGGUGAUAGUGAAUUCAGAGAGAGAAAGGUUCUCAUAUCCAUUCUUCUUACUACCUCCACUCUCCACCAUGGUUGAGCCUUUGGAGGAGCUGACGAAUGAGAAAAACCCAGCUAAAUUUAAGGCAUACAACUGGGGAGAGUUUAUAGGUAACAGAAGUCGAAGUAAUUUCCAAAAACAAAAAGUUGAAAACCUGCAAAUUAGUGAUUUCAAGAUAUCAGAGUAGGCUGGAUUGGAGGUAUUAUGAUUAAUCGGCAAGCAAUAACAUUUUAGCUCCUACUUUAUGUUGUUCAGAGUUGGGACUUCGAAGGCAUGAUUUAGUCAUCUUGGAGAUAAGAAAUAUUGUGAAGAAAUAUGCUUCAAUAAAUUGUCCUUAUACUAUAUUACAAAAACUGUUUAUUUUAUACUUUAUGAGAGAAUAAUAUAUGAAGUACAAUGGCUACAAAUUGAAGUUAUUGAUGCAAGUGUAUCAACCUGUAAUUUCAAUAAAGUUGAUGUUUUAAUU